AUGGGAGCUUUACGCCAGAAACCAGGCAAAAACCGGGAUGUCCCUGUAGCCCAUGCGACUUUCGCUGGCCGCCUGUGGACCCACGCUGGUACCGGAGAUGCUUCUGACCCCCUCGGAUCGCUGCUGGCUCGCCCCGCGGUCGGGCUAGACGAUCAGGCGGCUGGAGGGAAGCUAGAGCAAAUCUGUACGGUUUGUGUCGCCCAUGCGUUUGACAAUGCUGUCACACGGUCGUUCGGCGUCAUGACGUCCAACAGGAGCAACGCACUCGGGCACAUGUGCACCGUUCAACGGUCUACAGAUCCAAACCAGCGUUUCCUGGAGCCGAAUGAAGACUGCACACUCGGCCGUCAGUCGAAACGUAGCUUUCCUCUGUCAGAUGCUAAGCCGUAUGUUUGUAUGGGUUUGUGUGUGUGUGUGUGUUUGUACGUCUGUAUGCUAAACGUCAGUGCAUAUGUAUAUCUUUUUGUAUGCGCUGUAGUUAUGGGUAGAGACAGACGGUGA